AUGUAUUUUAUUAUUUCUGAUGCAGGUACUCGUGAUGAAUGUCGACGUGUGUGGGAAAAGCAAGAAAAAGGUCAAAAAUCGAAUAAUGUUGAUAAAGCAUAUGAUUCAGAAAAUGAAAAAGAUGCAAAUGAUGAUGACUCAGUUGUUCAUCUCAAAAGUUUAUCAACUUCAGAUUUCUUAACAAAACCACGAACACCACAAGAAAAACGUAUUCCACUUGAUCCACUUGUAAAAAUCCAUCAUCGUUCUUCAGCAUUACAUUCUGCAACAAAAAAGACAAUUGAUAAUCUUCAAACACAUAUUCAGGGUACAUUAUCACUUAUGAAUUAUCCUUUAGAUCUUAAUAAUUUUAAUUUAAUUGAUCUUUCUUCAUUUCGUGAAUCCGGUCAAGAUCAAAAAUUCGAUGAUGUGAUAUACAAAGAUAUUAAUUUAACACGUAUUCGAGGAAAAAAUAUUGGUGAUUAUGAUGCUACGCGUAGUAAAUAUCGCAUUGCUGCUGAUCAAUACGAUGAAUUUUUUAAUAAAUUGGUCCGACCAAAAUUAGCAGAUUUUCUGGCUGAUGAACGUAAACGUGAUCGUAAAAGUACACAGACAUAA